AUUUUUUAUGUCUGUUUCGAGACGCGUUGUCAAAGUGAAAUCUUCUAGUUUUGCGCUGUUUAUUUAUUGUGUGUGUGGAAAAAAUAUUUUGUUAUAAAGAUCAAACAUCUUGCAAAUUUAUUUGCUUAUAAUUUUUACCAAAAAAAAAAAACAACGUAAUAGAAUUUAUUUGCUAUCAGGAGAAAAAAUAGCAACAAAUCUACCACUGACGACUUUUCCAAAGUCAGACGCGUGUAUAGAAAUAGGCGUUUUCCUCUAUUGAAAAAAAUAUUCAUUAGAAAUAGCGGACAAAAUAAAAGAAACAAAUAAAAAAAAUUACAAUAAAUUAGUAUAAAAAUAAAUACGCAAUAAAAAAUACAAAACAAAUAUCUGUGCAAACCUAAAGAAAGAAAAAUUGAUAAAUAUAAUAACAUAAUAAAGUAGUAUAGUGUGAAAAAAUUGCAAACAAAAAAAUUUUAACAGCAAUAAGCAUAAUUUUCUUUGUACGUUGCAUAAAUAAAUAAAUGCAUCAUCGUCGUCGCAAUGUCCACAACAACCGAAGUGACGCAGAAGGAUUUGCACGAUUUGUUAGAAAUUUUCGAAAGAAAAUCAUUCGAGGCUGGCUCAUGUGAGGAAGGCACACAGGAAGAAGAAAUAACAAAAAAAUGUGAAUAUCUCUUUAAACAAGACUAUACACUCAUCGAACUUGAUAAUACCAAUGGGGUCUUAAGUCCACGUUACCCGGGUCAUAUAUUUAUACCCGAAUACGAGCAUGGUCAUAUGGCAACUACCAUAACGGCCAAUAAUACAAAUAUAUUUAAUCAAACGACAACAACAACGCCACAAAAUAGCAUCAAUAACCUCAAUGGUUUUCAUCUCAACAAUGCAACAACAACAACAAAAACAACAUCAGCAUCCUCUAAUGGUGCUAGUAUAACACCCACUACCAACAACGGUAUACAUGCAUUUGUAACAUUUGCCAAUUCAUCAAUGCAACAACAAUUGCCGCCACAACAACAGCCCCAAUAUCCAAAUUCUCAAACCUAUUUACAAUAUCAACAACAAUUGCUACAACAGACUGCAGUCGCCAAUAAUAUAUCAACAACAUCAUCAACAACAACAACAAAUGGCAUUACCAACACAACCACCAGUACUAUUUACGAAGAUUUAUAUGAUAUUAGUAAAAUACGUGAACUUAUAACAAUGGCUAAAUAUGCUCGUUGUCGCCAACGUUUUGCCAUUCCUGUCAUUAUGUAUCGUGGUAAAUAUAUUUGUCGUUCCGCCACUAUAUCCGUUAAUGCCGAAACAUACGGACGUAAAGUUGUUGAUUAUGCUUAUGAUUGUUUGAAUGGCACAAACUACAGUGAUCGGGGGAAUCAUAUUGUCGACGAUGAAAAUAAUGAUAAUAAUGAAGAUUCUUUAAUGAAUCAUGCCUUAAAUGAACCCUCACCCUUUUCCUAUGAUGAAGUUAUCAAAAGUGAUAUACAACUAUUGAAUGCUUUAAAUGUUAGCACAAUUGUUGAUCUUAUGGUGGAAAAGAGAAAAAUUAAAUAUUUUAUGGCUGUAUCCUCAUCUGAAAAGGCUGAUCCCGAAAAUCACUAUGAAAACUUUAAUCUACUAUCACUGCCCUAUCCGGGUUGUGAGUUCUUUAAGAAAUUUCGUGACAAUAACUAUAUGGCCAAGAACUUACACUACAAUUGGAAGCAAUCAUUUAAUGAUGCCAACAUUUCUAUACCCAAAUUGGGUCCCACAAAUGAAUUAAACAUCAAUUGGAAUGAAUAUAAAAAUUGGGAUUUAGUAUUGAUAACACAAAAUUAUCUAAAAGCUUGUUUAAAAUAUAUACAAGAAGAAAACUCUGGGUUAUUAAUACACUGUAUUAGCGGUUGGGAUCGUACACCAUUGUUUAUAUCACUCGUACGUCUGUCAUUGUGGGCCGAUGGUCUUAUACAUCAGUCAUUGAAUGCAUUACAAAUGGCAUAUUUUACAUUGGCCUAUGAUUGGUAUUUGUUUGGACAUCAGUUGCCGGAUCGCUUGAAAAGAGGAGAAGAUAUAAUGUUUUUCUGUUUUCAUGUUCUUAAAUAUAUAACCGAUGAAGAAUUUAGUAUUGUAGAACAUAGGAAACGUACUAAAACUUCAAGUAGUAGUGGUAGUAGUAGUGUUAUUGUUAUUAAGUCUGAUUGCUGUGAUGAUGAACCACUUAAGGAAGACUUUAUUUUAAGUUAUGAUCAAGAUAGCAACGAUAGUUUUUCCAAUAGUUCCAACUGUGAUAUGUCCAUAACGGAUAAUUUCUAUGCAACGGCAGCAUCAGCCAUAACCGGUUCAUGUAAUAAUAUUGUAGCAGUUAAUCCUUUGACAAAUCGUUCACCAAAUCCAAAAAGAUCAAAAACUAGUCCCAUUUCAGUGCCAGGUGCUAGUACCACACGUCAAAGACAAGAGUCAACAUCAUCGAAUGGUAGCUGGCAAGUUGUAACCGAUACCGGUUCCAUAGAUUCUAUGAUGAAUGGCAGUUAUAUGAUGCAUUUUAUAUCACAACAACAGCACGAUGGUAAUUCUUUAACCUCUUGCCAUAGUGGUAAUGGCCUAUAUGGCAUUGGCAACGGUAGUAAUGGCAGUUGUGCUAAUAAUGGCAGUGGUAAUGGUUAUAAUUGCUCAAAUACUCCCAGUAAUGGUUCAAAUGCUAGUGGUGGCAGUAUAAAUGGUGCCCACAACUAUGUUACGAAUAGUAUAAAUGGAAAAGAUAUUUUAAAUUCAACAAAACCAACAACAUUAUUACGUAAACAACGUUUAAAUGCUGUACGCGCCAUAUUUAUACAAGCCUAUGGAAAAACAGUGGGCCUUAAAUUUAAAGAAGGUUCAGCCAUGAAUUUAGCCACAUUUAUAGGUACUCUAGCCGAUCAAUUGUUUUAAGUUUUUAAUACAAUUUUAACUUUUGUUAAAGUUUGAGUAUUUAUUUGUUGUACCUUCGCCCCCCAGAUUAACUACCGUUCCUGCUUUAAUACAUAACAAUUUACUCUUUUUUUUCAUUA